UGAACAUCAUAUAUUGGCCGUUACUCCUUAGGCUCUUGGUCGGCGUGGCAUGGAGAUCCAGAAGCCAUCUCUGUGCUCUUGGCAGCAGCCGAAGCGGCCCGGCCGGCGGCGGCGACCACACACGAACACGAUAGACGGAACAAAUGGCUUACCCUGCAGCAAUCAAGCUACCGAUAUUUCUGAAGGCUCUUGCAGCAUGAUACCACACAUUGAGCUUCCAAAGGAUGUGUUGGGACACAUAUAUUCCCUGCUGACAAUAAGAGAUGCAGCUCGCGCAGCCUGUGUGUCUCGGCAAUUUCUACUUUUCUGGAGGUGCUUCCCCAACCUUGUAUUCAAUCGGGAAACCCUGGCUGCGCGAAGACAACGGAGUGGGUAUGUUUUCAGCAAAGCACGACAGGUGCUUGAGAACCACUCCGUCAUUGGAGCCAAGAUGCUCAAGCUUAACUUCUCCACCUGUAAUUCGUCCAUGAGCGACAUCGACACCAACCUUAUGGAUGGCUGGCUCCAAGCCUUUGUCAAGCCCGGGAUCAUCGUCGACCUCGCUGUGUUGCUGCCCGAUUGCUAUGCGGCAAUAUCUGAAUACAACUUUCCCUACUCACUUCUGUUAAAUGAUGACAGCAGAUCAUCAUCAGCUGCUUCGAUUCAGUCUCUUCACCUCGGCUCAUGUGGCUUUCAUCCCAUAAACGAUGAUACAAGGAUGCUUGCUUGCUCUUGGAGCUUAUCCAAAGUGCGGUUGAGCAAAGUCAGCAUCACCGGGGAUGAAUUAUGCUUGUUUCUUUCUAGCUGCUUCGCUCUAGAGGAGCUAGUCCUCUCCAACUGCGACAUGAUAAAAUCCAUCAAGUUGCCUCGUGUUCUACACAAGCUCAAGAUAGUGCACGUGCGGGAGUGCAGCGUGCUGAGGGUGAUCGAGAGUGAAGCUUUGAGACUCACAACCUUUACCUACGAAGGGUGGCCGUUGUCGAGAUUCACACUUGGAGACUCGUUGGAGACAAGAAAACUGGACAUGCACGCCACACGCAUGCAAGACAUGAUCCAGUAUGCAGGAAGCAAUUUCCCAUCCAUCGCGCCAAAUCUAGAAACGCUCAUGCUAUCAACAGAUCAUGAGAAGUUGAAGGCACCAGCCAUGGCUGAGAAAUUUAAGCACCUCAAGCAUCUUGUUAUCUGUCUUGGAGAAUGGGGUGGAUUUUGCACUGGCUAUGACUUCCUUUCUCUGGCUUGUUUUCUAGAUGCCUGCGUUGCCUUGGAAACUUUCGUCUUACGUAUUGCAGAUGGUUUCAAAUGGUACAAGAAGUACCUUAUUGUUGGGGAACCAGACGAAAGUUCGUCACAGUCCAAGCAGGAGAUCCCAGAAUUCCGCCAUGGUGGCCUCGGAAAUCUAAGGAGGGCGACCAUCACGGGCUUCUGCAGCGCAAAGAGCCUGGUUGAGCUAACAUGCCACAUCCUCGAGAAGGCGUCGACUUCACUAGAGUGCUUCAUCCUGGACGCCUCCCCCGGCUAUGACAGGACGUGCUCCUCGUCCUUCAAGUGCUUGCCGAUGAGCGUGGAGGCUCUCCGGGAUGCUGAGAAGGCGCUCGCCAAUGUGAGGAAAUACGUUGAGCCUAAGGUCCCUGUCGGGAUUGAGUUCAAGGUUCUUGAGCCCUGCAGCCGGUGCCACGCCAUGGAUGCCAAAGCUAUGCAGGAGGCUGAAUUGGAAGCUCCGAGAAAGUUCUGGCAGCGUCAGGAAGAUGGCCGCAUUGCCUUGGUUUGUCCUGCCGAGGUGCUAAUAUAUAUGCCACUUUUAAGCGCUAGCUAGGUGUGCACAUGUUUGAGCCAUAAUUUCUUUGUUUAUUACAGGUGCUAAAUGUUUCUCUCUCUCUCUCUCUGUCUCUCUGCACUAUAGGUUUAAGUGUUUGCUUAGGGCACGGACAUUACAAAAGCUUGUAUUCUUUGAUUAGUAAUAAGGUCAACAAUGGAGUUUGUGCAUGAAUCUGGGUUUCUAAAUACUCAGUUGCUAGCUUUUAA